AUCGUCACAGGCCCCUGGUCAUAGAAUUAGAGGUUUAUGAUGAACCAGAAACCUGAUCAAAAACGGCUGAAAAAAAUAAGUAAGGUUAACGUGUUCACCACUCCCAUCUUUCUGAACCUGUUUGCUAUUCGUCACGACUCAAGAGCAAUCCUGUAUUGGCUUCAGAGAGGCAGUUAAAAGUUUGAUCUGCAGGUUGAGAAGAAUUUCAAAACACGUGAAUAGUGUUGUGCCAGAACAAAUUAGCAAUAUUCCAUCUAUGCUGACCCAGCGAAUGAAAAUGAGACUGAAGUGGCCCAGAAAGCAUAUCACAUUGACAUAAGCAAUGAUCAUCAUUGCUAUUCCAAUCAGCAUUUUGGGAAUAUUUGGAAACAUACUGGUUAUUCUUUUUCUUUCCUUUAAGAUUAAGAAGACGAGGUUUACCAUAUAUGUCCUAAAUAUAACUAUUGCUGAUCUUAGUAUUCUAAUCUAUCUAUAUACUUAUUUUAUGCUAUUUUUAGAACCCAGUAUUGUCAACGCAUCUGUAUCCUAUGUAAUAGAACUGAUAUAUGCAGUUGGAUGCAAUUCCAGAUUCUAUAUGUUAACAGCUCUAUGCUUUGAAAGGUAUUUAUCUGUUUUUUACUUUACCUGGUAUCAAUGUCAUCGGCCAGAACAUCUUUCAUUUUUUUUGGUCAGCACAUUGUGGACAUUUUCUGGCCUGGUAUCACUUUUGGAAUACUUUGCUUGCUACCCAAGGUUCUACAUAUACUUGGAUGAAAAUACUUUACAGUGCAGAAUCACAAAUCUAUUCCAAAUAUUUGUUGAGUUCCUGAUUUUUAUUCCCAUCAUGGUCUUUUACACUUUGGCUAUUUUUAUCAGAAUGAAGAAAAAAACCCAGCAAACUCCUCCAGCAGCACUUGAUAUCUCUAUUACUGCUACCAUUGUUAUUUUUCUUGUAUUUGAUGCAUCGGUUAAAUUUUUUAAUAUUAUUGAAUUUUGGUUUGAUGCAGUACACGUACCAACAUUUUCAGUGGCGGUAUUAUUUGACACCAUAAGCAGCAGUGUCAGCCCAUAUGUGUAUUUUAUUAUUGGAGGUUUUCUGAAAAGGACUUCUGAUCCUCUUGAAGUUUUCCUUGAGAGAGCUUUGCAAGAUGAAGGAACAAUAGUGGAGGGAACACAAAUGCAGCAAGAAGAGCUUUCCAAAUGAAAUAUCCAUAGAAGAAUACACUAUCGGCUUACAAUUCCAAUUCCAAAAUAAUUCAUUCAUUACUCCUUAUAUAUCAUCCAGGUCCAUUAAUUAAAUAACUCCCUGUUUAUUCCUGCCAUAUAAAAAAAUCAGAAUAAAGAAGUCGGUGGCCAGGAAAGAAAGUUCCGCUGAGAGAAUUUUAAUUCUGCAAAGACUUCGUUGUGGUUAUGAUCUAUGAGACCAAGAGCUCCUAAAGGAGGAAAUAAGAGGAAAGGAGAAACAACUGUAGACUGCCUCUAUACAUGGAAGAUUGGAGGGCAGCAGAGGAAGGAGAAGAGAAAGCUGUGGAGUCAAAGGAACCUGGAAGGAGUGGAAAGAAAAAUCUAUAGAUGGAAAUAUAGCGGCUGUUAUAUACCCCUUAAGACUGACAGAGGUGGUUUAUGUUCACACAAAUAAUAUUCAUCCCACAUCUCCAUCAGGAAGGUUUUGAUAGGUACGAAGUGAUGCAUCUUGACUCUGAGUUACAUAGAGAAAACACAACUGUUUAUCUUUAGAUAUAAUGUUCUACUUUAAAGGACUUUAAUCUAAUUAGAACACAAGUGGGGGGGGGAGGAAUUUCCAAACUUUUUGGAUUUUGUAUGUUAAUGUCAUACACUUUUUCUUUAUUUGAAAUUUUAUACCUAUGACAUAGUACUGAAAGGUUCCCGCUGAUGUAAUCUUAAAGAAAAAUAGUAAAAUUUUGCCAAAUAAAUCAGUAAAUGAUAA